AUGGGCACACCUGUUCCUCCCUGUAACAUCGCGCCCCUCACCACUUCAGACAUCAUCACCAUCGCGCCUGGAAGCGCAAAUUGUACUGGAGCUCCAUACCCUGCCGAGUGCGCGAUUGCUCCAGAUGCUGCGUCAUGGAUCAAUCUAGCCUUCCACGUCUUCGGCAUACAUGCAUUCGGAACACAGGCUGCCCUACUCUCACUCAUGCUGUAUGAAUCCGGUUCUUUCAAAUACAACAUCAACCACUACCCUGGUGUGCCUGGCCAAGGCACUCGCAACAUGCAGAGUCCAGCCUUAAACCUCAAAUACGCCCGGUGGCUGGCUGCAAAUAUGACGAACUCGGGUAUAAUGCCACAGCAGGUGGAUGAGGCAGAGGAAAAAGGUCAAGUGCAGAUAUUGGCGCUUGUGAACGGGGAGCGAUGGGGUUUCGCGUCAGCAGCGUGGUUCUUGGCCACGCAAUGCAAUGAAGAGAUUAGUCAGGGACUUGCGACCUUGACAGAAGAGGGAUGGAGAACGUAUCUGACCGACUGUGUUGGGACGACUGUGACGGUCGAUCGGACUGUGAUCUGGAAGAGGGCUAUCGCUUUGGGUAAGUGGUAG